GUUAAUUAAUGCGGAACUAUUUUUGAACUUUAUGAAACCAUUAUCUAAGUUCAAGUUUAAGGUUAAUUGUUUGUAAUUAUUUUAUGCUUUGUUGAUUCAAUAAUGAUACUUUUGAACUAACUAAAGUCAAGCUAAUUGUUUUACGUUAUUCUUGGCUGAACAAAUGUAACAAUAUUACUGAUGUAAUCAACGAACUGAAUAAUGAUACUUAGUUCAAUGUGAAAUAAUUAUCUUUGCUACUCACCGUUGCACAAAUGUAUCAAUUUUACUAGAUCAACGAACUGAAUAAUGACAUUUUACAGUAGCAGGUAUGAUCAGUUAUUUCGAAGCGGAACAAAUAAUUCCGGAAGCGUAUAGUUUGACUUGACUAAAAUUACAAUCCUUUUCCACUAUAAAAAGACAAUUAAGAUUUGUUUUUUUGUCAUUCGUACCCAAUAUUUCAAAGAUGAUGUUUGGGAACGAUGAAGAAGAGUUACCUGCUUUAGAAUUGAUACUUGACAUAUCACAAGUUUACCCUCGAAGUGAAAUGAAUACUAUCCCCGUUGCAACCAUUUCAGAUGGUCGAAACAAUUUUGAAUCCACACCACUCAUAGCAACAAUCCGCCCUCGAGUUACUUCAGCAAGGAUGAUUUUCAAUCAAAGAUCUCCUUCUGGAUGUUUUGCACGACAUGUCGAUGCUGAGUAUCCAGAUUAUAUCACACUUGCAAGCAGAUUGUCAACGUACGGCGAUUGGAUAAAUACAAAUAUAUCCUCGACUGCAUUAGCUGAAGCUGGUUUUUACUACACUAAGAAAUUAGACAUUGUUGCAUGUUUCCAUUGUGGUGUACAUAUAUGUGACUGGCUUUCUGCUGAAAAUCCUUGGGUUUCGCAUGCAAAGUUUUCUCCUUGGUGCACAUUCAUUUACAUUAGAUGUGGGAAAAGUUUCAUUGAUUCAUGUCUUAAAAAUGAACCGAUACAAACACAAGAUUCAUCACUAGUUGAGCCAACAGAAAGUCGCUAUACAUGUAAGGUUUGCCUGGAAAAAGAAAUUGGCGCCUGUUUUUACCCUUGCGAUCAUUGUGUCACUUGUAUCAAAUGUGCACCAGGUAUCGCUAGUUGUCCUAUCUGUCGUGCAGAAAUAAAAGGGGUUUUUAGACUGAAACUCAUUGAAUAAGUUGCAUUCAUCAUGCAGUACCUGCAAGAAAACGUUUAUAUUGCUAACAUUGUAACAUCCUUUACUUUAAACUCUAAACUUUCUCGAGAACUAAUUAAACAAAAUUUUCCCUUUAUCAAGUACACAAAAUCUUUUUCGGGAGGUAUAAUGAAAUAUCCCGACGGUUGUCUCUUGAUUUUCGAUUCGGGAAAGAUAAACAUUACCGGAGUACAAAAUAUUUCAACAUCAUUUUUACUUAUUGAUCGUUUUUGCUCCAAAUACCCCGCUGAGGUUCGUGUUACAGCAUACAGAAUCGUAAACAUUACUGCCACCUCAAUGAUUGUUGGAGACUUUGAUUAUCAAAAAUUAAUACUUCAUCCUGGAGCCACUUAUGAACCUGAACUUUUUCCAGGCAUAAACCUUAAACUUGAUAACUCAAACGUUACUUUCAUCAUUUUUAGAUCAGGAAAAGUUAUAAUAACAGGUUUGAAAAAUUAUGAAUCGGUGUAUCAUUACUGUGAUGAAUUUGACUAUAACAUAAGACUGAAGCCAAUAUAAAGAUAAUGAUUUUCAUGCAUUUAUCAAAAUUGCAACAAUGGAUAUGUCUCCAGCUGAUUAUCAUCGAAUGUGGUACAAAAAAGUACUCUUUUCUGUACAAUUAAUCGUAUUAAUUGCAAUGCUUAUAACAGCAAUUACUAAUAUUGUGCUUAAAACUGGUAAUUUACCACUUUGGACGGCUGUACUCGGAUCCUCCCUCGGUUAUUUGCUUCCGAAUCCAAAAUUGGGAUCUUUCAAAUCGGAAAAUGUAAUACAAACACCCUCUAAUCCCUCAUCAGUUGUAACCUGAA